CACAAUGUACGGGAGGCUGGAGUCAGGUCAUUGCCGUAGAUUUACCUCCGUACCCAGCGGAGUCGGCCACCGCGCCGGGGACGCGAGGCGUGGUAGGGCUCGGGUUACCCGGGACUCUCAGCUCCGCGAAUCCCGCCAGGCCUGCCGUUGAGUGAAGUGGCCCGGGCCUGAGGCCGUGCAGGCCGAGGGUCUGGGGUGAAUGUGGCCCCCAGGGGUCAGCGGCCCCAUUAGGGGAAAGAAAGAAUUUAAACCUUCUCUCAGAAUUGUAUGGCAGAAAUAAAGAAGACGACAGCCAAGGGUCAUCUGAAAUUGUGAUUGGCUCUCUAGUAAUUCCAGGACAAAGUCAGAGAUCACGACUCAAGCAUAAGUUUUCCUAAGACCACUACAAAGAUGUUUGAUAUAAAGGCUUGGGCUGAGUAUGUUGUGGAAUGGGCUGCAAAGGACCCAUAUGGCUUCCUUACAACAGUGAUUUUGGCCCUUACUCCAUUGUUCCUAGCAAGUGCUGUACUAUCCUGGAAAUUGGCCAAGAUGAUUGAGGCCAGGGAAAAGGAGCAGAAGAAGAAACAAAAACGUCAAGAAAAUAUUGCAAAAGCCAAACGACUAAAAAAGGAUUGAAGAAAAGAACAGGCUCUGAAACCAGAGGAAAAUUAUUUGGAAAAUUAUGCAGCUUUGGAGAAGGACUCAACUAAGGUUUCUUCUUUGGGUUUUGUGACCGUAUUAUAUAGUAAACAAAGUCUGACUAUAUGGAAGAAUCAUGUUAGUUAUGACCUCAGUACUGUAGUAACUUUUAUGCUUGGAUAUAGAAAUAUGUUGGUAUCUGUGACAGUUAUUGGGUAAAUUGGCAUUUAUUCUACAAAAUCUUUAUAACUGAUCAUUUAUUAGGCUAUCUACUGAAAUAAAAAUAUCCUAUGGUGAACAAAAUGACUUUAGAUUAUGAACUUUAUUCAAAUAGCAGCUUAAAUUCAGGUCCUGUUCUGGACAAAGAAAGUAAAAGUCAGAAUUGUCCUCUUUAAGAUGAAAAGUAUGUUUGGGCUUAAAAAAGUAUUAAUCACAUCCUUUGUCAUUAUUGCUUAUUUCAUGCAAUAUAAUCAUUUCUGGUUUCCUCAAAGCAAAUAUUAAUCAUUUAAUUCUUUAUUUUCUGUAUGGUUUGUGUGAUUUUUAGCCUUUACACUGGUAAUAUAAAUAUCAAACAUUCUGCAUUUUUUAAACCUAAUUUUAUAAAGAGUUCUCUUGACUUGUAGAAUACUGCCUGCUGUAUAUAACAUUUUUUUUUAUUUACGAGCACGGCCAUUUUCUUAGACAUGACUUGUGUAGAAUAAAAUUAUAAUUUAAAGCUUGCAGUACAAAUGCCAAACAUUAUAGUACCUUGAAACCUCUUUAUUUUUGCUUGCGCUAAGUAGAAAUGUGAAAUAGUUAAUAUUCUUAUCAGGUAAUUUGCUUACUAUAUACCACUUUUGUUUUUUACUCCAUUUUUUUGUUUAACUCAUGUGGUAGUGAUGUCCUAUACUUUUUGAUCAAACAAAAGAGUUCUUUUAAGGAACUCUUAAGAUGAAUAGUUGAGUCGUACUUCAUAAGUGUUAAGAAAAGCUUGGAAAAAUUUUGUUGGGCAUAGUAAUUGGGGUGAAAAUAGAUAAAUUACUUCAAAAUGAGAAUGUUACAUUUGGAAGUAAAGAGCUAAAGACUAUUUCUCAUUAAGUAGUAAAACUGGAAUUUUUGCUAUUAAACAUGGCUUUUGUAAAUAUGUGCUCUAAAAUUUUUUUUCUUGGUCAGUCUUUCAUAGCUUAUUAAUGUUUUCCUUACUUUUUAUAUGAAUUUUAAGUUACAGAAAAUUGUCCAGCAGCUAAUUUAAAAAUGAAACUAGAUAUUGAAAUAAAUUUGAUAUUUUUAUAAAGAGUUCCUAGGUUUUUGUUUUUGAUGGUGGUUUUUUUUGGGGGGGGUAAUUCAAAUUAGAUAUGUCAUGGAUGUUAGGUUUCUCAGGUUACAAAUUUCAAUUACAGUUAAACAUUCUUGUAAAAGUUUAGAACAGUGUUUCUCAAAUUUGAAAAUUUAAGGACCCCUGAGAAUGUUUAGGGACCAGUUUGAACAACACUUAAUGCUGUUAUUUUAGGUUACUAGUUACUACUUGUUACCACUUUAAGUUAACACAUUGCAAUUCCAGGCACUGAUAUAAUUCAGUGUUUACUUAUGAGGUGGUUAUUCAGGUGAUCUAGAAUAAUGCUUUUUCAUAUUACAUUGAAAUUCAAACUUUAAAAUGCUUAUGUAGACACUGGCCCCAUGGGUCUGCAGGUUCCAGUUUAAGAAAAACUUACCUUAAGAUGUUUCUAAAAUGUUCUGAGAUUCUUCAAUAAAGCUGUUCAUGAAGGAA